AUGGAAGACUUAUUCCUUCUGGUCAUUAAAGAGUCGACAGGCACCAAGCAUAAUGCCUUGCGGCAAACAGCACAAAUUGCCUAUGAUAAAUUAUAUAGACAGCAUGGUAUGCACAGGGAUCCUUCACAUGAGCUGCGCUCGGUUUGCUUCACAGCUUUGCAAAUGGCCUUGGAUACCAAACGACCGAAAUUUAUUACGAUGGGUCUGAACGGGUUACAUCGAAUUAUCAAAGAUGAACGUUUCUAUAUCGGUUUGGAGCCCGAAGAUGAUUCGGUUUGGUUACCAGCUCAACUUUUGCGUGCCACAAAUGGAAUUUUACCCACAACAAGCAGCGAGGAAACAGUAGUGAAUGUUCUUCGCAUAUUUUUGGCAAUGGCUUGCUCACCUGCUUGCACUUUGAACGGACGACUAUUAAUUGAAAUUCUCUCUCGUUGCGGUGAAUGCUGGGAAUUGGGUUCAAGAGCCAUAAAAGCGGCGUCUCUCGCUGCUGCUUCACAAUGUUUGCGGACUUUUUGCGCUUUUCUCAUAGAAGAAGCAGAAGAAGUUAAAAAAACUGCACCAGCUGGUCUGAUGACUCAAACACAGGCAUCGGCCGUUUAUAACGAAGUCAUACCAGUUAUGCAGUGGCUGUGCAGCCGUUUGGUAGAACCUAACGUUAACAAUUCGCCAAAUAAGAAGAUUGAUAACAACUGUUCACUUUAUCUUACUGAGUGCAUACUGACAUUGACUUCCGCUCUGCCGCGAAAUGUACAUGCCAAUCCACAUUUUACCUCAUUCUUGUGGCAGAAGUUCUGUCCUACUCUGGCAGCAGCACUAGGAUCUCCUGGACGUGUAAACUUAGAUAAGAAAUUUACUUACAAAGAUGCUCUACAUAUCAUCGAAAAUGAGGCUAGAGGUUUCUUCACUGGGCCUGGAUUGGAUGGACCACAAGCACGUUGCGUUUAUUUAACUGGCAUACAGUUAUUACGCAUUGCUGGAGCUCAUGGUUCAUUGCGUCCUAUGUUGGAGGCAUUGUUUCAUCGCAUGUUAUUGUUACCAGCACCGCAGAAUCGUACUGAGCCUCUUAAAUGUGUGCGAGAAAUAUUUAAGAGUCCAGAGCGAUUAAUAGAUCUUGCAGUUAUACUCUAUGUGGACAAAAAUACUGGACAGAGCUGCAGUGAUGAGAUGGCACUAUUCCGAUUAUUGAUUGAUGCAAUGGAAGAAUGUGCCUAUGGUGUAAAUUCUGGGGUUGCCGUUGAGGCUAGUCUUCAAGCGAGUGUUGAAUGCAUGGUCGCACUGCUGGAGAGUUUACAAAUUCUUUGCACCGGAGAACUGACUGAAUCUAUGAUAAGUGACCAGAUUGUUAACGUCGUCAAUACUCGUCAUGAGCACCUCAAAGAUGCUGACUACACUGGACCACUAACUUACCAGUCCAUGUCACGACUACCAGCACCUUAUAGAGAUGCUAUUGUAGAAUUACGUCAAAACGUUUUUGAACCUUCGUCUGGUUCGGAAAGUGAAGCUGACAAUCAUCAUGAAAAUGAUGCAGCAUCGGCUGGUUCUGGCGAUACUGAGGGACCAGAGGAUGAUGAUCCUUCCACAUCUAGCGAUGAACUUUCUCGCUUGGAGAAUCGCUGGCCAUAUUCUCAUUUAGAGGCUCCAGUUAUACCAAUUCGUGCAGAUAUAGACAACGACCGCCAACAUGCUCGCGACUUUGCGAGAGCUUUGCGUAAAGAACUGGUACCGAAACUACUUUGUCUUCGUAGUUGCAUUGAAGUGGAUGAAGCCAUGCAGGAAUUCGCUUCUGCCAUUUGUCAAGAGAACAGCAUUUUUUCUGAUUUCGACUACAACUUAACAGCCAUUAAUGCUGACGGCAUUUAUUUGGCAAUAUACUCGGCUUUAUUAUUAACAUUGCAGCUUGAAAAAGCUGGAUACUAUGACAGCCCACAAAAAGAGAUCCUGAUACCAAUGUCUGAGCAACAAUUCGUUACUUCCGUCCAAAACACUGGUGUGUUAGUGUAUUUAUCAUCCCCAUGGCUUUGUGAGCUUUAUCAGUCAGUAAUUGUCUCUAACGCGUUGGAAGCGAUGAGUAAGGAAGAAAUGGAAGGCACAACGUCUCGCUGCGCUCUGGUAGAUAUGUUGUCUGACGCUGGCGGUUUAGGCUCAACCCAAAUGUUGUCGGAAUGGCAACGACUUCAGACCGCAAAUGUUAAGUAUACCGACGAGCAGCACAAUAAGCGAAGGGAUGCAGCAAAAAAGCUUUGCAGACGCUUGUUAACCUGUUGUUGGGAAUCAAUGGUAAUUGUACUCAGUUCCGGAUUGGGUGAUCUGCAAAGCACAAGUGCAAGUAAUAAACUAGUGGCUCUGUCGAAACGUACAUUGAGAGUGAAAUCGAAAACCAACAAAGCAAAUGGUGAAGCUUUAUAUGCGCUGUGCUUAGAUGGUUUGCAUUCGGCUGCAACAUUAAGCAAUAACUUGAAUUUGCAACAUUUGGCUGGGAAGAUAUUAAAUUUACUUGCAUCUAAUGUUUGCCAAACCACUGGUCCCCGUAUAUCUGCGAGCCAAGCAUUAUCAAUGGAUGUUGUGCUAACUGGGGGCUUGAAUUUGGGUUCUUACAGUCCAGACUGCUGGAAUUCAAUAUUCGCUGUAUGUCGCCAUGUAAGUCAACUGGAACAUGAGAUUUUCAGCAUGCAGAAUCCUUCCGUUUCAACCUCACCAGGUACAAGCCGUCGAGAUAUGGAAACAGGUGAAAAACUAAAUUCAACUGGACAGAAUGACAAAAUAAAUUUGUCUGCUAUUCCGAUUGAUGAUGACGAAACCUGUGUGGACGUUUACAGCUUUUUGCAAGCUCCUUUGCAAAGUCCAAACACAAAUAUAACCUCCAUACUUAAAGUUUAUUCGGGAACGAACGAAACGGUGCUCUUAAGCCAAAGUGACACGUCAAAGGUGCUGUGCGCUUUGUCGCAUCAAGCCGAAAAUUUAUUUAGUGAUGCGGCGGAGAGACUCAGUCUGCCUUCACUAUGUCAGUUUUUGAAAAACCUUUGCAGAGCUUCACGUGAACAGCUUUACAAAAAUACAGUGGCACGUAAGGGUAGUCGAAUAUGGUGGCCGAGUAAGGGCUGGAAAAAGAUUACCUCCUUGCCAAUGUCAUUACUAUUACAUCGAAUUGGGGAUGUAACACUGAAAGUUUUUAGAAGUUCGAGACCAUUACUACACGUACUUAAGAUAUGGGCAAUAACAGGACCACACUUAAUGGAUGCUGCUUGUCACAGAGAUCGAGUUAUAUCGAAACGUGCGAUAGAGUAUAUACACGACAUUAUUACCUCCUUACUGGUCGAGCAGUCCGAACUGCCGUAUUUUCACUUCAAUGAGGCUCUGCUAAAACCCUUUGAAAAUCUUUUAAGCAUGGACAGUUGUGAUGUUGAUGUACAGGACCAGAUUAUAGCUUGUCUAUAUGAAAUCGUAGAGGCACAUCGUACGGAAAUACGAUCCGGUUGGCGUCCGUUGUUUGGUACUCUGCGUAAUGCGAGAAGCCGCAUGUUGAAUAUGAGUAACAUUAUAGACAUCUUUAGAGUUUUUCUAGACUCUGACAAUACAUUGGUGUUUGCAAAUGCAGGUCUGGAUUGCAUACUUUGCUUGCUUUCGUAUUUAGAAAUAUCAGGUGGGGGUGGAAGUAAUAAUAACACUUGCGGUGAGGAGGACAAUAACUUUAGACCUUCCGAAUUUUUGCAUGAAACUUUACGCUUUCUGGAACGUUGUUCAUCAAUUUUGAGUUUUAUGUUUAAUAUGCCAAAGUGUCCAAAUUUCCACUCAACAUACAAGAUUAAAGGAAUAUCUUAUACGCACAUAAUCGACGCCAACAUUCCAAAUUCAAUGGAGAACUUUACCUACUUUGGCAAUGAUUAUUUACAAACGAAGAACGAACAACAUAUGAUCUCAUACAGGUCACUCCACAUAGAUAAAGAUGCCAUUGUUAAAAUAGAUGAAAUGGACAAGCCAUCAGGAGUGUUAAAAGUUUGGUUUUUACUUUUGGACGGUUUAACAAAUUCACUGAUUGUUUGUCCGUAUUCUCACCAGGCUCCAAUACUGCAGACAAUUUUUAAACUUUUCAAAAAUCUUAUUACUAAUCCAGGCAUUGAUUUUGGAUUCUACUGUAUUAACCAUUUACUGAUACCAAUGAUUCAGGACUGGCUGCGGUACAUAAAUAAGACAGGUGCAUCCUGGCAGCUGAUUGAAAAGAACUUUAAGCACUGUUGUUGUAUGACCACUGAUCUAGUUGUGGAAUUUAUUGAAAAGUCCGUUCCCGAGACUAAGAAACACGGUACAAUAAAAACACGAGUUACGCAAAUUGUUCAUCCAGCCGAUAACGUUAUGUACUCAAAAUUAAAGUUUGUGACAGAGCAUGUAGGCGCUGACUCAAAUCCACAGCAAUAUGACAGCUCUUCUUCUAGUGAAGAUAGUGCCGGUAACGUUAUAGAGUCACCUACAAAAAUUUCAGGCUCUGCUACACUGGCACUCAAGCAAAUGCUAUUAGUAUUGAUAGAAUGUUCCGCACAAGCACAAGAGGCUAUAGCUAGAGUGGGAGUCUCAUGUCUAAAGCAUGUAAUUUUGUCUACAGGCAUGCUUUUCAAUGAGUCCCAGUGGAUGAUUGCUUGCUCGGCCAUUCAUCGUGCAUGCACUGUAACAAUUGCUCCUUUGCGGCAAUUAUCGUUUGCAUUCCAUGAAAAAUCGAACAGUUUUUAUGGUGACUGUGCCAAUGUUAAAGUGGCUGCUCGACGUGACAGUACCUUGGAGGAGCUAACACGCAUUUAUGCACUGGCGCAGCAAGUAUUCCUAGCCGAUAAUCAACGUGAACCAGCAAGUACAAAACCACUAAACAAUCAUUUAGACAAACACUUGACUGAUGAUCGCAGUUAUUCGUUCCUGCUUUACCCACUUAAUAAUGGAUUUAACUCUAAUUUGGAUAAUUUUGUAAUACGAAUACCCUUCAAAAAUCUGGUAGUGGGCUUGUUGGCUAAUCAAAUGUUGCUGCAGUUAGUGGCGAAGCUCCUGCUUUCUCGCAUGAAAUGUGUUCCUCAAGCUGUGUCCACGUGCAUAUUCGAUAACUAUACAACAGCUGCAGCUACCACACAUGAUUAUGAUUUGGAUUUCCGCUCCAAGGAAAUACUGCUUCGUUGCGUUAAGCAGUAUUUGACAAGCUCACUAGAGUUUGAUUCGCGACCUGGACUGAAGUUCCUCAUGCAGAAAGUAUCGAAUAUAGAAUAUGCAGCAAAUUUAUAUAAACAAAUGACCUCGUCGUGGAUGAUUUAUUACAUUGCAUUAGUAGAUUCGUAUCUGAAUGAUAUAGUAGUUUACAAUCUUGGUCCAGAAGACUUGAACUUCAUAUUGGAGUCCUGUUCUCGUUUGAAUACCACAACCGUUAAGAAGAAGGAAAAUUUUGUGAGAUAUUUGUUUUGUCUACAGGAUGCAUGGAAUCUGGUGUGUGAGCUAUAUCUCAGCAAUUCAGCAAUGCACGAUAUUGAAAACGGUAAACUUCGCAAUGAAGAGAAGCGAAACUUGCCCCAUAAACUGAAUAACACAAAAUCAAUUUGCAUAUCGAUAAAUGGCAGUGAUAACUCCAGCACGUCAAGCCACUCGGAGACAACAACAACUGAUUCCGCGUCCCCCAGUAAAUGCUUGCCUUUGGAAGAUGAAAAUGUAACUAUGACAACGCUGAUCAGUGAAUUUCAACCAAAAUGCCGAAAUAAUCCAUUCGAUACAAAUCGGCCACAAAAAUCGGAAUCAGAGACCAUAUCACCCGAAAUUGAGCAACAACGAGCUACGAGCAUACUUAAAGACUCCAACUAUAAACGUGCAGCACUAGCGCAAUUGGUUGUGGCAUCCAUGGAGCUGCUAACUAGCUUGCCAGCCGAAGCCGAUGAAAACUUAAAACUUCUAAUGACACCAACAAUUCGAGAAGCUUUCCGGUUAGUACAGUUGCAAGGUAACGAACUCAAAGUAAAUCAGUUUUAGGUGUUGCUUGUUGAGUUUUAUUUUGAUUUGUAAAAUGUAACAAAUGAAUUUACAUACA